AGACGAACAACAGGUUACAGCACUUGGAAAAUGCUCAUUCGGAUUUUUGUGAAGCACCGACGCGCGUCGUUUUUGCGCGUUAGAGAUUUCGCAAGCAAAGCCGGACAGGAUGAGAUUCAAGCUAGAAUGAAAAGAGGGUUGCCGAAAAGAUUACCAAUUGCAGGCGUGACGAAUACAAUUUUGAUAGCUUCGGGGAAAGGAGGUGUUGGGAAGAGUACUGUGGCAGUUAAUCUCGCGCUGGCAACAGCGUCUUCUGGAAAAACCGUCGGACUCCUCGAUGCCGAUGUUUAUGGUCCGUCCAUUCCAAUAAUGAUGAAUCUCGAGGGACAACCACGUAUCGAUAAACGUUACAUGUCGAUGGGGUUCCUUACGGACAUGAGUCAACCAGUCGUGUGGAGAGGACUCAUGGUAAUGUCAGCUAUUCAGAAGCUUCUUCGUGAAGUUGCUUGGGGCCCGCUGGAUUACUUGUUUAUCGAUAUGCCGCCAGGAACCGGAGAUGCGCAGCUAUCCAUCACACAAAAUAUCGAUGUCACUGGGGUUGUGAUUGUCACUACUCCACAGAAAGUAGCGCUCGUGGAUGCUCGCAAGGGAGCUGUUAUGUUUUCUAAGGUCGGCGUCCCAGUUCUGGGGAUCAUAGAGAAUAUGGGAGCGAUUAAGUGCACGAAAUGUGGGUCCAUGACGAGCGUGUUUGGAUCUGGCGGUGCAGGGACUUUGGAGAAAGAACUUGGUGUUCCAGUUCUUGGGACCAUCCCACUUGAUCCGAAAAUUCAAGAAAGCUGUGAUACUGGAAAGCCGGUUGUUGUUUCAGAACCUUCGAGUGAUCAGGCAAUACGGAUUUAUUAUUUCGUGCAUUGUUGUGUUAACUCAUGGAAAGUGAUUGACUGCCGAAGCCGACACCGUUUCAAUCGUUCCGAGUACCGGAUAAACAAGCUUGGCUCGAACGCUUCAUUCAAUGCACACUGCUCCAUCCCUAAAUUCGUAUACAGCAGCAGCACACCGGGAUAUUUCCGCGACGAGGAAUUCGGCUUGUUGAAUCAACAGGGCGGACAGUUUUUAGCGAGUCUCCCAUGCUGGGAAAGGAAAACGUCGAAGUACACCGGAAAUGCUGGAUUAUUUUGGCUUCGAGCUUGUUUACUCAUCCAAAGCACGCCUUUAAUAGAUACGGUUGUAAAUGAAACCCCGGCCGUUGCGGAAUCUCGCGGAUCGCAGUGUGACAACUGA